AUGACCAGCACCGACGACGCGGUCGACUUGGAUGCGCUGGGGGUGAACGCCGACCAGUAUGGCGCCCUCCAGCGAGCGUUCUCGAAAUACGACAAAAUGAAGACAGGCACGAUCCGCGUCUCGGACUUUGACUUGUUGAGCAAGGAACUGGGUGAAACGUUUGACGAGGACGAGAUGCUCGUGGCCAAGCGCAGCUUGGAAGACCCUGACGGCGACUACAUUCAAUUCUCCGUGUUUCUCAAGUGGUGGGUCGACGAUACAGCAUAA